CGGAAAUAUGAUAUUUUGGGGGGACAUUUGUGUGAAAUGUCCAUCUGCUCCCCGGUUCUGUUCAUCUUUGCUCCAUUUCUCCAUUAAAGCUCCGAGGGAAGAACAAUUGCAGGGAGAAGAACAGUGUAGAUAUCCUUCGUGAUGAAUUCGAAGAAGAAGGAGGCUCAUCCUUCUUCGUCUUCUAGAUCUCCGGCGGGAAUGGAGGACCGGAGCAUUCAGGAAUCUCACAGACAGCAAAUGCCUCUGGUUGUCACUCUGAAUUGCAUCGAGGACACGUCCUUUGAGCAGGACUGCUUGGCCGGCGUCGUUGUGGUCGAGCACGUCCCCCUCAGCCGGCUCGCGGAGGCACGGAUCGAGUCCGCUUCGGCCGUGCUGCUUCACUCGCUCGCUUUCCUCCCUAGGGCCGCCCAGCGCAGGCUUCGUCCGUGGCAGCUCAUUCUAUGCCUUGGCUCUUCUGAUAGGGCUGUGGAUUCCGCCCUGGCCGCUGACCUCGGACUCACUCAGCUUGUACACGUCGAUUGCAGUAGGGCAGAGGAGGUCGCUGACACCGUCAUGGCUCUCGUCCUUGGCUUACUGCGUCGCACGCAUUUGCUCUCCAGGCAUGCUUUGUCUGCUUCCGGUUGGCUUGGCUCAGUCCAGCCACUUUGCCGUGGAAUGCGCCGUUGUCGAGGUCUUGUGUUGGGGAUCAUUGGAAGAUCUGCCUCUGCGAGGUCCUUGGCUACUAGGAGCCUGGCUUUCAGGAUGAGCGUCCUCUAUUUUGAUGUUCAGGAGGGAAAUGGAGAAGUGAGUCAAGCUUCCAUACGGUUUCCUCCUGCAGCCAGGAGAAUGGACACUCUUAAUGACUUGCUUGCUGCAAGUGAUGUUAUAUCGUUACACUGUGCCCUAACAAAUGAAACAAUUCAGAUAAUCAAUGCAGAUUGUUUGCAGCACAUAAAGCCUGGGGCAUUUCUUGUCAAUACUGGUAGCUGCCAGCUUUUAGAUGAUUGUGCCGUGAAGCAACUUCUGAUAGAUGGAUCCCUUGCCGGAUGUGCUCUGGAUGGUGCUGAAGGGCCACAAUGGAUGGAAGCAUGGAUCAAGGAGAUGCCCAAUGUUCUGAUACUUCCACGCAGUGCAGAUUACAGUGAAGAGGUGUGGAUGGAGAUAAGGGAAAAAGCUAUUUCCAUGCUGCAGGCAUUCUUCUUGGAUGGUGUAAUUCCAACAGAUGCUAUAUCUGGUGAUGAAGAGGAAAGUGAUAUUUCCUAUGGAAAUGAAGAGUGUAACACUCAAAAUAGUCUGUGUGUUUUGCCGGGUCCUAUUGGUGAGAGAUACCCUGAAGAUGUCAACUUAAGUGCAGAUAGCUCGCGGAAAAAGGUUAUAAGUGAGCCAGAGGGAAUUCCCAUUCAGCCUCAGGGGUCUGCUUUGUCUCCAAGUGUUUCUGAAAGAUCUGAAGUAAAGAGAAGCAGAUCUGGUAAAAAGGCUAAAAAGCGGCAUGCUCGCCAGAAGUCACAACAAAAAGUAGAUGAUCAUAUAAAAUUUGAAAAAGAGAACACCUCACAAAAUGAAGAUGGUACUACAUUGAGUGGAACGGAUCAAGUGUUGAGUUCUAGUCCACGAUUUUCAUCACCAGAAGGUGCAAGAAGUAGAAAAACACCAAAUGAGUUCAUACAGGAAUCUUCAUCUUCAGAGAGACUUCCAAAAUCAAACAUGAAUCUCAGUAGAAAAUCAGGUGGAUUAUUGAAAGAUGGAUAUAUCAUAGCUUUGCAUACACGACAUCACUCUGCACUCCACAUUUCUAGACAAAGAGUUCAAGGAGGAGGCUGGUUUCUCGAUACAAUGUCAAAUAUCACAAAGAGAGACCCAGCUGCACAAUUCCUCAUUGCUUUCAGAAGCAAGGAUACAAUUGGGUUACGAUCAUUUACUGCUGGUGGAAAGCUAUUGCAGAUUAAUAGGCGGAUGGAAUUUGUAUUUGCAAGCCACAGCUUUGAUGUUUGGGAAAGUUGGACAUUUGAAGGUUCUAUGGAAGAAUGCAGGCUCGUGAACUGUAGAAAUCCUUCGGCUGUUCUGGACGUACGCAUUGAAGUCCUUGCAGCUGUAGGAGAAGAUGGUAUCACACGCUGGCUAGAUUAAUUAGGUAGGUACGGACGACAUUCAAAUGAACUUAAGAGUAAUGAGUGUUAGUACUUCUCUCUCUCUCUCUCUCUCUAGGUCAUCAAAAUGUUGUAACUUUAAUGGAUGUAUUGAGUCUUUAUUGACAGCUACCUUGAGUUUGUUUUUGACAUGGAGACCGAGAAUUUCGAUAAAGAAAGACGAACUCGUAGAAUACCCGAAGACCGGCUAACAGUUACCUGGACGGAGGUAAAUUGAGCUAUAAUCUUAAUUAGACAUGACUCAUGAGUGUGAUUUGUUCCUAGAAGGUGCAAGGGUUUCAUGCAAUGCAUGAUCGUCCUUGAUCGCCGUUGCUAGUAGUCGAACACGAGUGUUAUCCCUUUUGUACUCAUUUGCAAGACCGAAAAUUCCGGUUUCAAGUGAAAUCUGUUUGUGUGUACUCUGCAUAACACUAAAUCUGUGCCUUUUUUUUUAAUGAGUGAAGCUUUAUAGAAGUGUGG